GUCGGUGUCAGCGCGAGAGAACACGGCGCAGUACAGGAGGAUGGCCUUCUGACAAGGGAUCAAUAUGCUCUUCUUCCCUCAACAGCUUGAACUGUUUUCAUGGCAACUCUGACGCAGAACCUCGCUCAACCCAAACCCAACCAACUCAGAUAUCCAGACCGUCGUUCUGUUUACUGGCUGGAUCAGCUGCCACCAGAGAAGACUGGAUCCACCACCAAAUCCGAGUUAACCCCUCGCUGGUCGGAGCUAUGUAGAAGUAAAAAGUUCUACACUCAAGUGACACUUUCUCCCAUAUGGGAGGUGAGUGAAUCGGCUCUCAGAGCCGUCCCAUCCGAUCGGCUGUGUAAUCUGGCUCAACCUCGGGCCCCUGCAGCUGGCUGGCAGCGGGAACGCCCACUUCUUGCCCGUUUGAACAGAAUGACGCAGACGGCAGUCGCAACUUCACGAAUUUGCCAGCUUUCCCAACCAAAAAGAAGGCCCGUUCUGGAGGGUUCCGGGCAGCAAUCUAAACCUGCACCUCUGACUCAUGUACCCUGCAAGGCAUCGGCACACAUAGAGCUACUUGCUACCCCGAAGCACGACCACCCCAAGUUCGAAGGACAGCGCUCCGAGUGCUGGCCCGUCUCCAGAGUGGCGAGAAACUGCGUAGCCAGCCAGAGACUUCUUGAGCUGUCCGAUCCCAAAGAGAGGAAAGCUCUGUUUGAGGGAUACGACCCUUACGUAGUUAGCCGGGCAGCCCGCUCUGCCAGCCCCUCACCUCGGAUUCAACAGCUCUGUCUACCUCUGCCUCGCAAAUGUAUCUCAAACUAAGAGAGAUGAGAUUUGAUUUCUGGAGUGUUGAUUGUUGUUCUUUUCCUCAAUGUGAUUAAAGUUGUUUCC